ACCUAGAUAUAAAUACAAAACAUCUAGUAGUGAUGACUUCGCACCUCAGCGCAGCGCUUCACCAUCUUCUCGAGAUUACUUCAGGACUUUAGGGUUUCAGUGAUCCGCAGCUGCACACAUCAAACAUGGCGACUCAAAUUAGCAAGAAGAGAAAGUUUGUAGCUGACGGUGUGUUCUACGCCGAGCUGAACGAGGUUUUAACGAGAGAGCUUGCGGAAGAUGGUUACUCUGGUGUGGAAGUUAGGGUUACUCCAAUGAGGACUGAGAUUAUCAUCAGAGCCACACGUACUCAAAAUGUUCUCGGUGAGAAGGGGAGGAGGAUCAGAGAGUUGACAUCUCUUGUUCAGAAGAGAUUCAGGUUUCCUCAAGACAGUGUUGAGCUUUACGCUGAGAAGGUGACCAACAGAGGUCUCUGCGCUAUUGCACAGGCUGAGUCUCUCCGUUACAAACUCCUCGGUGGACUUGCCGUUCGCAGGGCUUGCUAUGGUGUCUUGAGAUUCGUCAUGGAAAGUGGUGCUAAAGGAUGUGAGGUCAUUGUGAGUGGAAAGCUUCGUGCAGCACGUGCCAAGUCCAUGAAAUUCAAGGACGGUUACAUGGUUUCGUCUGGUCAGCCAACCAAGGAUUACAUCGACUCUGCUGUCAGACAUGUUCUGCUUAGACAGGGUGUUCUCGGAAUCAAGGUGAAGGUCAUGCUUGACUGGGACCCUAAGGGAAUAAAUGGACCAAAGACACCAUUGCCUGAUGUUGUCAUCAUCCAUACCCCCAAGGAGGAUGAUGUCAACUCUGCUCCUGCUCAGGUUACUGCUCCGGCUGCCCUUGCACCGGAAGCUCCCCUCACAGCAGUAGACUACCCUGAGAUGAUCCCAGUCGCCUAGAAGAAACCCUUUGGUUACUCUUACCAUGGGAUACUUCUGUUUUUGUUAUAACUAUUCUGUGUCUCUUGAUACUCGGUAGUUGUUUUUCUAAAUCCUCCAAUUAGACAAGUUUUUUUUCUCAUGGUUCCAAACUUAUGUCAAUUAUUUUUUAGACUGGAUGCUUAUGUUCAAUGGAAUUUUUGGUCUUAAUAAGAACAAAAAUUACUACUACAA